AUAUCUUAGUUCAUUCUAUCACCGGCGUCACAGUGGCCAUCUGCCUCCUCUGCAUCGUCUUCUGUGCUUGUGUCAGCUUUCGCAACAAUUACCUGAAGAAAUCGAUGCCUGGUUUGGAUUCCCAAGCUUCAGGAAGCCACAUGUACCACCACCGGAGCCGACAAGCAGCACCCCUCUCAGUAAUCCCUUCCACUUCCCACGAAAUGGAGUCCCUCAUGGCUCCCCUUUCUGACGGGGUUCCCUCACCUCCGAGCGAUUGUGCAGAACUGGCUGAAGCCCAUGGUCUCAUCCGUGGUCAUCCUUUGGAGGACAGUGUGGGCCACAUCCCAAUAAAGCCUCCAUGGGAGAAAUCACUGAACAGCUGGACAAACAGCAUCGCUGACUAUGGAGUCUCCAUUCCAAAAGAGCCCACCAUGGCUUUGAAUGGAUCACUGAAGAUGGCUUCCAAUGGAGGACAGAAGCUCUUGUUGCAAGCGCUGGUUUAUGAGGUUGUCACGAAUGAAGCGAAAAAGGAGCACCCACCUAGUGGCCUCAAUCAACUGGAAGCCGAGGUCAUUGUCCAUUCGGAUUUCUUAGCCUCCAACCGAGAUUGUGGUUCCCAACUCCAUAUGCUGGACCUGGAAAGGACUCCCUAUGAGGAUUGUGAGCCAGAAACAUUCCCCAUGGAAGACCUACCUGAACAGGUUUCUUACAGCUGCUCUCAGCAAGAUCUCAGUGUUAUGUCCCAAGACCGAGAUGGCAAAGGUGAGCCUGAAGCACCUGAUACAUUGCUGAAAAUCAAGAAAGAGGCUCACCAGAGAGCUAUCAAAUUACAUGGAGCAGACGGAGGCCUCCCCCAGACUGGAGGAAGCUUGGACGCAAUGGGAAGCAGGGGCAUUGACUCAUCUCACAAAGGAGGAGUGGACACACGGCCCACCUUGCGCGAUGCUCUUCCCACAGCCCAACCGCAAGGCCUUCUGCAUGGCAGCCUCUCUAAUGUAAUUGAUUCGCCUUCUGGGUUUGAAAACGCAGCAUGUGUCCACCAUCUUUGAUGAGAGCUUUGAUUACAUUCUUGGCCACGGCAGAGCUCAGAGAAGCAGAAUAGCUAUAAGGAUUAGGCCUUUGUGGCACUAAAUAGUCUCAUAAAGCGUGGUUGAGAAGGGAAUGAUAUUAGUGCCAUAAGAUUUUAUAAGGAGAACCUCUCCCCCCCCCCCAAAGCAUUGUGUCUGCUCUCUCUCUUUCUCAGCCGCUCUGCAAAGGCUACUGAGUUAAUGUUGUG